UUUACUUCUGAGAAAUUUAUUGUUUUGUUUUGAAUUAAGAUGAUAAAAAUAAAUAAGUCAUCCAUUGUUACACAGAUCAAGUGGCAUCAAGUGUCAUACUCUUUAUUGCGAUAUUUUUGCUCAUUUAAACCUUUGCCUGUUGUUACUUUGUAUUCAAAAGCAGAAAAUUGCUCACUAUGUGAUGAAGCAAAAAGGGAACUCAAAAAAUUUGAAGGAAUGUUUGUUCUGGAAGAAAUCGAUAUAACUGCUGCUGGCAACCAAACUUGGUUUGAGAAGUAUAAAUAUGAGAUUCCUGUCAUUCAUUUAAAUGGCAAAGAAAUAAUGAGACAUAAAGUUUUUAAGAAAGUACUUAUUGAUGCACUUGACAUUUUAAAAAAUAAAUCACAAUUAUAAUUAUCAGCUUAGUUGAUUUAUUAUUUAUCAAAUUUAUAAACUAGAAUGAUGAA